AUUCGUGGUGGAGCUAUGGGAUCACCAUUUACAAUGACAUUAGCAAAUAUCUAUAUGUUUGAAUGGGAACAAUCAUUAAUUGAAUAUCAAAAGGCACACAAUGAAAUCUAUGUUCAAUUAAAUAUUAUCGAGACAAAAGAUGCAAAUAUUCGAAUUACUACAACAACUAGUUCAAGAAUAGAAUUUGUUGAUGUACUAGUUGAAAAUAAUCAUGGACAAUUGAGAACUUCAGUAUUUCAUAAACCGGCAGCUGAACCCUAUUUUAUACCAUUUUUAUCAGAUCAUCCACGUCAUAUUCAUCGUAAUACAAUCAAAGGACAAUUAAUUCGAGCAGCACGUGUCUGUUCUCAUGUCAAAGAUUUUAACAAGGAAAGAUUGAAUAUUGAAUUUACUUUACUAUUAAAUAGCUAUCCACCAAGAUUAAUUUCUUAUCAUUUUAAAAAAUUCUUUCAACAAAAUAAUAUUUCACUCUUAAUGGAAGAACUAGAUCAAACCAUAUAUCAAAGGUUUCACCGACAUCUGAUAAAUAAACCAACACGAAGAGAACAUCAAAUGCAACAACGAGCAUCAAAUAUAAAUCAAUGUCAAUAUACAAAUAAGAAAGCGAUUCGUGGAUAUUAUACUUUUGAAACGGGUCCAAUGUUGAAGUUCAGCGAUGAAUUACGAAGUCUAUGGAAAAAGCACUAUCAAGAUAAUCAUCCAAUUAUGUUAUGA